AUGGUCGCCUUUACCAAGUCGCGAGCGUGGACUGACGGAACUCCAGAGUAUGCUUUCAAGGCCAUCACAGCUGCCAACAUCAUGUCGGUAGGCCUUCGCGGCAAAGACUGCGCUGUGGUGCUGUCUCAGAAGAAGGUUCCCGACAAGCUCAUGGACCCCUCUUCCGUCACCCACAUUUUCCAGAUCUCCCAGACCGUCGGCUGUGUGAUUACCGGAUCGAUUGCUGAUGCCCGAGCAUUCGCAACGAGGGCACAGUCAGAAGCCUCAGAGUUCAAGUACAAGUUCGGCUAUGAGAUGCCCGCGGAUGCAGUGGCGAAGCGAUUGGCCAAUAUCAGCCAGGUAUACACGCAAAGGGCAUACAUGCGCCCGUAUGGUGUUGCGACGACCAUCAUCUCGGUCGACCCCGAGCUCGGACCCCAACUAUUCAAGUGCGACCCCGCCGGCUACUACAUUGGGUACAAGGGCACCGCUGCAGGACCCAAGCAACAAGAGGCUCUCAACCAUCUCGAGAAGAAGAUGCGUAACAAGGAUCACGCCGAGGGCGACUGGGAAGAGGUCGUCGAGCAGGCUAUCACGACGUUGAGCACCGUAUUGAGCAUGGACUUCAAGAAGAACGAGAUCGAGAUUGGCAUCGUGGGUGGCCCACGGGCAGAUGGCAAGGAGGGCACCAGUCCAGCGUUCCGAAAGCUCACUGAGGACGAGAUUGAGGAGCGGUUACAAGCGAUUGCCGAGAAGGAUUAG